UAGCUACAUAAGGAAAACUUCAAACUUCUGCUAGUGAGAACUGAGUAAUGCUGAAUACCUUUUUGGUUACCCUUAAACAACCUUCAUUUCUCAGACCUAUGGUUCUUUGAGUAUGCUUAAUUUUGUGCUCGUUGCAGUUGAGAUUUAAAGGGUACAACCGUGAGUUAUUUACUAUUGUUAUUAUUGUCAUUGUUUUUGUGAUCAUCAUUGUCAUUUUCAUCAUCAUAAUUGCUAUCAUUUUCAUAAUCAUCAUUAAUUCACUAUUAUUCUAGUCCUAGGUCAACGGUUUUAGUCGUUAGCAUUACCAGUAGCAGCGGUGAUGGUGAUGUGGUGCUUGUGGUUUGUGGUAUCCAUCGUCAUGGGGAUUAUGGUAUGAUUUAAUGGAAAAUCCAAUAUUUAGAAGUGUCGAUUUAGAUAAUACUCUCUUUCUUCCCACCUAUUUAUAUAUCUGUGUAGGCACACACAAACAACACCUUUUUGUUAUGCCUGGGCAGUAAUGGUAUUCACGGUGGUGCCCCAAUGCCAGCUCUUUUAAAAUAUGCAUAUUAUUGUAAUAUAUAUAUGGCAAUCAAUAAUUAUAGAGUUGAAAGUACCUUUAUCAUUGUUGUCCACGGUGGAGCUUAUUGCGAGACCUUGAUUAGCAAGUUGAAAUUAACACUAACAUUAAGCAUCCUUUCUCUCUACCCUCUUGUAUUUGUAAUCAAUCUCCUUCCUGUGACUGCAACCCAACAGAAGAAACUGUUGCAUUUUCUUCUAUGAUAAUGAAUGAACCACCGACUCCCAUACAACUUCCUGUGUUAGAUUUAUCUCAACCAGUUCACCCCUCUUUUCUAACUUCUCUUUCUCAAGCCUGUGAAGAAUGGGGCUUCUUCCAUGUAAUGAAUCAUGGUAUCCCCCAAGAUCUUUUCAGCAAAGUAUGUCUUCUUUCAAAGCAUAUCUUUAGCCUUCCUGCAGAUUCAAAACUCAAACUGGGGCCAUCUUCAUCCAUCAAAACAUACACUCCCCGUUUUAUUGCAUCUCCCUUCUUUGAAAGCCUGCGAAUAGCUGGACCAGACUUCUUGGCCUCUGCUAAGAGUUCUGUUGCUGAACUCUUUGACCAACAAAAUUCUGAAUUUAGUGAGACGUUGCAAGAAUAUGGAAGCAAGAUGGUGGAAUUAUCAAAGAGAAUUGUGGAGGCUGUAUUAAUGAGCUUGGGAGAUGGGUAUGAGAGGAAGUUUAAUGAAUCUGAAUUCAAUAACUGUCAGGGGUAUUUGAGGUUGGUGAACUACUCGCCACCCGAGUGUGUGGAAGAUGAAGAGGUUGAAGGGCUUGGAAUGCACACUGAUAUGAGUUGUAUAACAAUAGUCUAUCAAGAUGAAAUUGGUGGGCUUCAAAUGAGAUCGAAGGGAGGGGAAUGGAUAGACAUAACCCCAUGUGAGGGUACUCUUGUAGUUAACAUUGGAGAUCUGAUGCAGGGUUGGAGCAAUGGACGAUUAAGAUCAUCUGAACACCGGGUUGUUUUGAAGCGAUUUGUGAACCGCCUCUCUCUGGCUUUCUUUUGGUGCUUUGAGGAUGAGAAGGUGGUGUUGGCACCAGAUGAAAUCGUGGGAGAAGGAAACUCGAGGAUUUACAAGCCAUUUGUUUGCUUGGAAUAUUUGAAGUUCAGAGAGAGUAACGAGGAAGGUAAGUAUGAGAAAGUUGGGUAUACUGUAAAAGAUUUUGCAGCUUUGAAACUUGAAAUGAAGUGAUGGGAGCUGAAACCAUAAAGCUACCUGUUGUACUGCGGGCACAUAUAUGUGUGUUUAUUAUACAUAUGCUGCUUGUUCUUUGCUGUUGUUGCAGGUCUUAUUUGAUUGUUCUGCAGUUGUUUGCUACUGAGAAGACAGGAACGGUUGUGUGAUUCUAGAUUUUCUUAUCUUCUGUCUUCUUCUGUCUUAGCCUAAUAGAAUUUGUGUAUAAUUUCCUUGUGAAAUGUGCCUAUAGUGAUUGAAUUGGAUACCAAGGUAUUCUGGCUUGUAAGUGAGCAUCAAAGUGGGCAUAAUGCAAAUAAAAGAGGGAAGUUUGGUGGAUUAGGAUGUGAAAGGUUGAGUCUAGAAUCUUGUUGGAUUUUGGAACUAAAUUGGUAUUGUUAUUGUAUGUGGAAGAAUAUGUAAUGAAGUUGAAGUUCAACUUUUUGUGUUAUAUGAAUUGAAUGUCAUUCAGUGGAUCUGGUUGCCUUUUUCUUCUCCCUUGUUUUCUUAUUUCUACUUCAUUGCUUUGACUAGGGCGCCUCUGGAGAUAAUAUAUGGUGCUCAUUUUCCUGUCCACUUAGGAAGGAUCUACAAGUUGAGAAUAUUUGAUAAAAAUAACUAUAUUUUAUACAUUGGGAUACUCAAAUGGCAUACCUUGUUUCCCCACCUUGGUGAUUUCUUCAGCUAUUAUGCUUUAACUCUCUGAUCAAAUGCUUGUAUUGUUUUAUACGCCGAAAGUGAACUUUGAAAUAAAUAAAAAGAACGAUGAUAGGGAACAUUCAAGAAACGAUCAAGUGAAAGAAACUCAAUAUUGUAAAAGAGGAGAAAUAAUGGGAGCUUUGCAGGUGAACAAAGGGAAAAGGGACCCAGAUAAAGGAGGAAGUAGAGCUUGAAGGGGUGAAAGCCAAAGAAAUGGAAGAUACACCCUGAUUUCUUCCAAUAUUGAAGCUGGGCAUUCUUACUGCAGAACCACCGUGAAUGGAUUUCUGGAGAAGAUGGUUGCCGAUGGGAGAUGAUGAUUGGGACCUCGAUCCAAUAAGUUAUAUGUAAUGGCAUUCUUGUGCUGUAAACCAUGUUUUGAUAAGUUAAUCCCUCAUUUGAAUGGUUGAUUUUAAUAGAGCUUAAGCAACCUGAUUCUCAA